AGUGCAUACAGAGAAUACAGAAAUACCGAGUUUCCCUUCCGGGCGUGCGUGACGUCACCGAUAAUGGGAGGGGGGGCACACAAAGUAACAUACAGUAUCGGCAGGGUGGGGGCCGGCAGCAGGCCGGACUGGACCGGACCGGACCGGAGCAGGCUCCGUACACACAAACAAGCCCAGUGUGAAAGGUGCUACAUGAGGGACAUGGCUCAGGAGACCAACCAGACCCAGGGGCCCAUGCUCUGUACCACAGGUUGUGGUUUCUAUGGAAACCCUCGAACCAAUGGGAUGUGCUCAGUGUGUUACAAGGACUAUUUACAGAGGCAAAACAACAAUGGAAGAGUUAGUCCUUCAGCCUCCUCUGGGGUCUGUACUGUAGGAGAGUCCCUGCCCAUGCAGUUCUCGGACAGUGGUGUCGUACUUCUGGCUCCAGCCUCCUCCACAAUAGGCGGCACUCAGGAGCCCAGCAGUGUUGUAUCAAGCCAGACUCUGUUAUCACAAGCAUCAGUAGCACAUUCAGAAGAGGAAGAAUCUGCGGUGGACAAGGCAGGGCUGAAAACGGAUCAGUUGCAGGCGCCAGUACCAGAUGACUCUGAUCGACCCAUUGUGGAAGACCAGGACCCAUCCCCCAAUAGACCAAAGAAGCAGAAGAACCGUUGCUUUGUGUGUCGAAAGAAAGUUGGCCUCACAGGCUUUGACUGCAGGUGUGGGAAUGUGUUCUGCGGCAUUCACCGAUACACAGACAUGCACGAGUGCACCUUCGAUUACAAGGCAGAAGCUGCUGAGAAGAUCCGGAAGGAGAAUCCUGUAGUCAUCGCUGAGAAAAUCCAUAAGAUAUGAAGGUUGUCAGCAUGAUGGAAUUCUUUUUUCUUUAGUUUUGUUCAAGUCUGCCAUUUUGCAUUUGUCAGGCUGUUAUUUUCUUUUCACUUUGAUUUAAGUCCUCUAUGAGAAAUCUGAGCAAUAGCCUGAAG